AUGGAGGGAGAGGGUAGAUACCUCAAGGAUGAAGAGGGUGUCAGUGGAUGUGAGGACUGUGUCAUCAUCAAUGGGACCAGCAGUGACCAGUCCUCAGACACUAACAAUGUUCCCUUGACCCACGUCUUGGAGGCAGUCUGCCCGGUGGAGAGCAGAGACUGCAGAGCAAGCUCACGACCAUCCAAGAGGAAGGUCUCCAGCACGAUUGCAGACAUUCAGGACCUGACAGGAGACGGAGAUGAAGGUAGAGACGGUGAGGUGGAGGUCAGCAGCGGCUCUGGCACUCCAGUGAUGCCCAAACUCUUCUGGGAGGCGGCCAGGACACCCUCUAAGUCCCCAGCAUCCCUGAGUUGGCAAGCUACCACUUCAGCAAGCAUGUCAUGGCUGUCGCCUGUCAGUCCUUACCCCACCAUUGACCUCACAGAGGAAGAAGUGAUACCCCAGAGCAUCAGUACCCCAUUGGUUGACUUGAGUCAGGACAGCUAUCAGGAGGGCAUGGAUACCACACAGGUGGAUGUGGAAAGCAGAGAUGGAGAUAACACCACGUAUCAGAUUUAGGCAGACUUUUGUGGAAUGGGAGACUUAGUGUGGGAAAAGAGAGAUGGCUUCUCCUGGUGGCCUGCCAUGGUGGUGUCCUGGACCACCUCCCAGCACCAGGCCAUGCUAGGCAUGCAAUGGGGAUGGUGGUUUAGUGAUGGCAAGUUUUCUGAGGUCUCUGCUGACAAACUGGUGGCCCUUGGCCCUGGGUUGUUUAGCCAGCAUUUUAACCUGGCCACCUUCAAUAAACUGGUUCCUUAUAGGAAGGCCAUAUACCACACUCUGGAGAGAGCCAGGGUGCGAGCUGGCAAGACCUUCCCCAGCAGCCCGGGAGACUCACUGGAGGACCAGCUGAAGCCCGUGCUGGAAUGGGCCCAUGGCGUCGAGGGCCUCAAACCAAACAACAAGCAACCAGAGAACAAAGGUCGAAGACGCACAACCAAUGACUCUGCCGCUUCUGAGUACUGUCCCACACCCAAGCGCCUCAAGACAAACAGCUAUGGAGGGAAAGACCGAGGGGAGGAUGACGAGAGCCGAGAAUGGAUGGCUUCUGACAUCACCAACAACAAGGGCAAUCUGGAAGACCGCUGUUUGUCCUGCGGUAGGAAGAACCCUGUGUCCUUCCACCCCCUCUUUGAGGGUGGGCUCUGUCAGAGUUGCCGGGAUCGCUUCCUGGAGCUCUUCUACAUGUAUGACGAGGAUGGCUAUCAGUCCUACUGCACCGUGUGCUGCGAGGGCCGUGAGCUGCUUCUGUGUAGCAACACGAGCUGCUGUAGGUGCUUCUGUGUGGAGUGUCUGGAGGUGCUGGUGGGUACAGGGACAGCUGAGGAUGCCAAGCUGAAGGAACCCUGGAGCUGCUAUAUGUGCCUCCCACAGCGCUGCCAUGGGGUCCUCAGGCGCAGGAAGGAUUGGAACAUGCGCCUGCAAGACUUCUUCACUACUGAUCCUGACCUCGAAGAAUUUGAGCCGCCCAAGUUGUACCCAGCAAUUCCUGCAGCCAGGAGGAGGCCCAUUAGAGUCCUGUCCCUGUUUGAUGGAAUUGCGACAGGGUACUUGGUGCUCAAAGAGCUGGGUAUCAAAGUGGAAAAGUACGUCGCCUCCGAAGUUUGUUCAGAGUCCAUCGCUGUGGGAACUGUUAAGCAUGAAGGCCAAAUCAAAUACGUGGAUGACAUCAGGAACAUCACAAAGGGAGACGUUGAUGAGUGGGGCCCAUUCGACUUGGUGAUUGGUGGAAGCCCUUGCAAUGACCUCUCCUGUGUGAAUCCUGUCAGGAAAGGCCUGUUUGAGGGCACCGGCCGACUCUUCUUCGAGUUUUACCGGUUGCUGAAUUACUCACGUCCUGGGGAGUGUGACAACCGUCCGUUCUUCUGGAUGUUUGAGAAUGUGGUGGCCAUGGAGGUUGGUGACAAGAGGGACAUCUCACGAUUCCUGGAGUGCAACCCAGUGAUGAUCGAUGCCAUCAAGGUUUCUGCCGCUCACAGGGCCCGAUACUUCUGGGGCAACCUCCCUGGGAUGAACAGGAUCUUCGGCUUUCCUGCGCACUACACUGACGUGUCCAACAUGGGCCGCGGCGCCCGCCAGAAGCUGCUGGGAAGGUCCUGGAGUGUGCCAGUCAUCAGACACCUCUUUGCCCCCUUGAAGGACUACUUUGCAUGUGAAUAGUUCUACCCAGGACAGGGGAGCUCUGGGGUCUUGGGGCUAAUGCCAGCUGUUCGGAGUCAUACUGAUCCUCGAAGCACCCCAGCUCUGACCUUCCUUAGCUCGCCUCUGUGGGGUCUCACUAUAUACUCAGUUCUCUUCUGCUCAGUGGUAGCAGAGCCUCCUGGCCCUACAGGGGAACCUACUUGUGCACAGCUCAGAUCUGGCAUCUUACAGUGGCCCAACAUGGUUCUCAUGUUUUCCCAGUUUAAAACUUUACAACCAAGCCGGGCAGUGGUGGCACAUGCCUUUACUCCCAGCGCUCAUGAGGCAGAGGCAGACGGAUCUCUCUGAGUUUGAGGCCAGCCUGGUCUACAGAGCAAGUUCCAGGACAGCCAAGGCUACCCAGAGAAACUCUGUACUGAAAACCCCAAACCAUACCCCCAAAACCAGAGUCAUGUGACAACAUGGGAGAAACUGUGCUUUGUUUCAACAGUU